CCCCUUUUCAAAAGUUCCAUUCACACCAUCCUCCUCCUCCUCCCAAACUCUUCCAAUUCCCAAAUUGCCCUCCGCAGACCGCCAAAAUCCCCAAUGUCUACAACCCUCUUCCCCUCCGCCGCAAACCCCCUUCCCCAAAUGCCCCUCCCCCAGCGGCGCAGUUUCCAGAUCAAGGCCUCCUCCGCCCAGGCCUUCACCGAGGCCAAGCCGCGACCCGGUGCCUCGGCGGCGAGCCUCUACGACGUCCUCCGGGUCACGGCCAACGCCUCCCAAUCGGAGAUCAAGUCAGCGUACCGGAGCUUGGCCAAGGAAUACCACCCGGACGCGUCGCGGUCGGAGUCCGACGGCCGGGAUUUCAUCCAGAUUCACAACGCCUACGCCACGCUGUCCGAUCCGGCGGCCCGUGCGGUGUACGACAUGUCGGUGGGCGCUGGUCACAUUGAUUUUAAUCGGCGGAGGAGCUCGGUCGGGUUUCGAGCCGACGGGUUUUACUCGACCCGGAGGUGGGAAACGGACCAGUGCUGGUAGAAAACGUAAAGCGAACAGGAUCCCGGGGUCCACCAGACUCGCCGCUGACUCAGCAGACACCGACUUUUGCGUGUUUUUUUUUCCUUUCUUGAAAAAGAA